AUGGCGGCCUCCAGGGCGGUGGAGGAGAUGCGGAGCCGCGUGGUUUUAGGAGAGUUUGGGGUUCGCAAUGUUCAUACCACGGAUUUCCCUGGGAAAUACUCGGGCUACGACGACGCCUGGGACCAGGAUCGCUUCGAGAAGAAUUUCCGUGUGGAUGUGGUCCACAUGGAUGAAGACUCCUUGGAGUUCGACAUGGUGGGAAUCGAUGCAGCCAUUGCCAACGCUUUUCGACGCAUUCUGCUAGCUGAGGUGCCAACCAUGGCAGUGGAGAAGGUCCUGGUGUACAACAACACGUCUAUCGUCCAGGAUGAGAUCAUCGCUCAUCGCCUGGGCCUUAUUCCCAUUCUCGCUGAUCCCCGUCUGUUUGAGUACCGGAACCAAGGAGAUGAAGAAGGCACAGAGAUAGACACUCUGCAGUUCCGACUGCAGGUUAGGUGUUCUCGGAAUCCCCACGCUGCUAAGGAUUCUUCUGACCCAAACGAGCUCUAUGUGAACCACAAAGUGUACACUAGGCAUAUGACGUGGGUCCCCCUGGGGAAUCAAGCCGACCUCUUCCCGGAGGGCACCAUCCGGCCGGUGCACGAUGACAUCCUCAUCGCUCAGCUGCGGCCUGGUCAGGAGAUCGACCUGCUUAUGCACUGUGUCAAGGGAAUUGGCAAAGACCAUGCCAAGUUUUCCCCUGUGGCUACAGCCAGUUAUCGCCUACUGCCGGACAUCACUCUGUUGGAGCCUGUGGAAGGGGAGGCGGCGGAGGAGCUGAGAAGGUGCUUCUCACCUGGUGUGAUCCAGGUGCGAGAAGUCCAAGGUAAAAAGGUGGCCCUUGUUGCCAAUCCCCGGCUGGAUACUUUCAGCAGGGAAGUCUUCCGGAACGAGAAACUGAAGAAGGUGGUUCGCCUUGCUCGGGUUCGGGACCAUUAUAUCUUUUCUGUCGAGUCCACAGGGGUAUUGCCACCAGACGUGUUGGUGAGUGAAGCCAUCAAAGUGCUCAUGGGCAAGUGCCGGCGUUUCUUGGAUGAACUUGAGGCAGUGCAGAUGGACUGAGGCUGCACCCAACUCUGGAAGCAAGCUGAAGACUACAGGGUGUUUGUGUGGGGGAGGUGGGUUACAUCCAGUGAUGCUUAGAGAACC